AUGUGGUCUCUUCCCACUUUCAUAGCUUUCCCCUUCACCCUCCCUUCACUACCUUCCAUAUCAUUGCCUGCUAACAUCCAGCGACGUUUUCUCUCUUUCAUACUCAAAAGGACCCUCGGUAGAUUUAUAAAAGCGGGUCUUGACGUGGAUCAGAUUCAAGCUCAGAUCGGAGAGGGUAAGAUAGAGAUUGAGAGUCUGGAGCUUGACCAUGAGGAAAUAAAUUCACUCAUCCCCACCUCUGUUCCAUUACGCGUCACAUCUGGAACACUAGCAAAGGUCGCUGCUCAAUUACCUUUUCCAAACCUCUGGUCUUCAUCUCUUUCUUUAUCCCUCGAUACUCUUCACCUUGAUCUCACUCUCACACAAUCCUCUUCUCAUAACGGAACUCCCUUAUCGAAUCUUUCUCCUAAUUACCAAACUUCUCCACCGGAUUUGACCAGUUCAGUCACCACUGCCGCAGGUGAUUUCCUUCAUGACGAAUUAAACGCCUUCGAAGAGGCUGAGCUCGACCGUUCGAUACGACAAUCUAUCAUCCUCUCUCACACAGAUCCAUUUAUCACUGAUGACGAUGUACCCGGAGCUUUCCCCCCAACAUCCUAUUCUGAGCCCGGACAUGCCCCGGAUGUUCUCGCACCGACGGUGGAGAGCACAACGGUGCUCGCGGGCUUGGUAGAAAGAAUAUUGGAACGACUGGAAUUGAAGGUCAAGGACGUCCGUAUACGAGUGAAACAUGAAGACGAGCAACAUGGUAUUACCUUCGAGCUUCGCAUCGGUCAGAUCACCUAUGGUGAUGAAAGUACUCCCACUGGUACUGGUCCUACUGGGGCCAGAGAGAUUCUCCGAGUCGUCCGGUUCUCAAAUGUCGAGAUAUACAGCUCUCCUGAAAGACCUGUCAGGAAAACACAUGCCGCUUCAUCUAGAUCAUCUUCGAUGUCCAACUUCUCAUCUUCUGAUUCUUCAAAUACGCCAAUGACUAAGGAUGAAGAGGCGAUGUUUUUUAUGUCCCAAUCUGUGGCCGAUCUACGACAAAGUAGUGCGAUGAGCAUGGCGUCUGGUAUGAGUGUUUACCAUUCUACCUACGAUGGUGGAGAGGAAGAUGAAGCCGAGAGUUCAUCGACAACCAGAGAAAGAAGUCCCUCGCCCGUCCCGAGUUCCGUCGAACGAUCCAAUUCGAGAGAGAUAUCGCUGCUCAAUUUUGGCAACGAAGAUAUCGUAUGCAGUAUGAAGACGAUCACCCCACUUCAAACUGCUUCAAGUAACAAUGCCCAAAAACCAAGUAUGCCUAAUACACCGGAACCCUGCGUUGCUCUCGAAGUCUCCAUGGGCACUAUCUCAGUGCUUCUUCUACCUGCUCAAGUGGCGGCUAUGCUCUCCGCUGUUCGAUACAUUCAGCCUGACGCCGUUCCCAGCGACCCACCACCCAACGUACCUUCCUCCAGUAUUCAACCUCGUCUCACAGCUCGACAAUCUAUCAAAGAUAUCCAUGUCGUUCUGGUCUAUGAUAUCAAAUUCGAGGUAGAAGAUGCCUUCCAAACCGCUGUAUCUCAGUUUUUUCAACGCCCAGCAUCUCACGUUUUACCAUACGGUCAUCUGCGACUCCGCGUCGAGUCUCUCCAAGCCAUCUACAGCUGGAGUCAAGUAUCUCCCUCUCAGAGUACUCAUGGCGGUUCUUCCGGAAGAAGACCCAGUCAGAUGCCAACCUCUCCCCCUGCUGAGAUUUCCCUAUCCAUAGGCGAGGUUUCCAUCUUCGAACACAUACCUACCGCAACGAGGCCGAUGACCAAUAGCACGGCAGACCUUCCUCCUGGUGGAACUUACCCUGUCCUCAUAUUCGACCCAAACCUUUCCAAGCAGUAUCUUAUGGCUCCUGGAAUCGUUUCACCCGCCACCACUCCCGCUAAACCUAUGGGACCUGUGGGACAGCCGUUUCCAGAGUUCGAAUGCGGUGAUUGGCGGGGUAUAGCGCCCAGAGGUGGACCAAAUGAGAAGGCGUGGCGUGUGCGUCUACCUGGUCGGAGCGUUCUCAAGACUCAUCAUACCGAAACUGAGAGAUUUUCUCCUUGUAUUACCGUCCGCAGGUCCAUUUCGCAAUCUGUCUUCGUAUCUUUGGCACCUGUUCAUCUCUUCUGCGAUCUUUCUCUCGUGGAACGCAUGCUUCCUUUCCUUCGUCUUGUCAGCCCCGCUAUGAGGUCACCUUCAAGUCGUUCUUUGCCACCCUCCCCAAUCGCAUUUCGUUCCACCAGACCCCUCCCUGACGGCCGACCUGAUCCAACCUUUCCUGAACACUUACAGUCUACUUCUGGCAUGCAUUAUAGACGCACCGAGCGGUCUGUACAGACCCUGCAAGUCAGCUGUCCAAUGAUCCGAGUAGACAUAAGAUGUCCUGCUCCACCCAAUCGUCGUGGUAGUUGGGGAGACGGAGGAUAUCUUCGAUCCGGAGUGGUGUCGCUUGAUAUACACACCUUCUGCCUCAAAACUACCUAUCCCAGGCAAUCGUCUCAGUCUCGCGACUUUCGAUCGGCUUCAGGAACUCCUUCCAUUCGUGUGGAGUGGAGGAAAGUGUUGCUUUUCUUCUGUCGAGUGCCUGCGAAAAAGGCUUCCGCAUUCCUCGUCAUUGGACCUUUGGCCCCCGAUGUGACUGACACGCCCGACGAUCCUAUCCUAUUCCCCAGUAUCGUCGUUGAGAAAGGCGCGGCGACUAAAAAUCUAGGAGCUCAAUCUUCUACUCAAGUCGUCACCAUCGAUGUCCCUUCUCUACAAGCCAACGUACGUCAAUCAACCGUUGAAGGUUUGCAAUUCUUCGCCGAUGAUAUCACCCAUUGGUUAGAUGGAGCAUUUGGCGACGGUUCUUCUCCCAGACCAAGGGAUGAUCUCAAGAUGAUCGGCAGUCGAUUUUUUGGUUCCAAAGCAUCUUCUUCAGCCUCGAGUUCUACUUAUGACGAUGAUGAUUCGACUGCUGCCACCAUUCUCCGACUAAGCGUCAGUGAGACAGACAUUCGUUUACUCGUCCCUCGUAUCGAUCCUACUGGGAAUGAACGUGCACUAUCGAUCAAAGCAAGUGAUACCAAUGCCAAAGUGGAAAAGAACACGUCAGGAAAACAAGAGAUUGUAUUUUCAAUCACCAUCAUGGAUGCUGAAUUCUCCGAUGUCUCUCGAAUCCCGUCGAUGUGUAUUUGGUCUAGAACGACACCUCUCACUUUGACUCUCAACAAUCGACCCAUUGUCCAAAUGCGCUUUUCAUCCCUUACAAAUCCCGUUACGACCACUAAAGAAACCGGGAUAAGAAUCGUUACUUCCUCGUGGACCUUUUUUCUCACCAAGGACUUUGCGUGGAUACAGGAACUAAGAAAUUUCGUCAAAACACCAGAAGGAGUAUUUGAAGAUGUUGUACCUUCCGAAGUCACCCGGGUAGAGUUGAGUUUACAUGAAUCGUCCAUCCAUAUCGCCGCACCUACCCUUCCUGGAGCUCUUGUGGCCGUUUUGGGACAGGUGGAGGUUCACACGGUCAUGGUCAGCGAUUCGAAUGAAAAUACAAUACACAUCGACGUCCCACAAGCACAUUUACUGGCUAUUGACGAUCUUUCGACAAUGACAACAUUGCAAUCUGGAUUUACCACAUCCACGGAAACGUGGCAUCGAGCAGGUAUGGCCCAACUUUGUGAUUUAACUUCUUUCUCCUCUCAACUGAUUCGAGAUCUCAUCAACAAAGAAACACAAUUUGAUAUUUCUCGUUCUCGACUCUCUCUUACUAUCUGCGCCGAUUCUAUGGCAACACUUGUAGCUCUAAUAGGGGAUUUAUCAAAUCUAUCCGCCUUUGUUACGGGUAAAAACACAGACCCAGAUUUGGCUUUGGACAUCGAUAUGAUCAUGGAUGAUCUUCCUACCAAUCUCGAUUAUCUUGAUCGAGCUUCACGACAAACUUCUCAACUACCCGAACGACAAACAGGAGAGACAUUACGAACAUGGCAAGUGGAAGAUAACACCAAUGAUCCUUCAAGUCAGACAAUAGGUGAAACUAUCAAAAUUCUAUAUAAAGGUCCACUUGAUAUGCCUGUUGAUUAUUGGGAAAACCUCCCAUCUAUCGAUAUUACCAGUAACGAAUCUAGAGGUGUUGGUCAAUUCAGAAUACGAAUAAAAAAAUCUGAUGUCACUAUUCGCAUUCACGACGGGUACGAUUGGUCUCGAACUAGGAAAAUUAUCGAAGAUGAGAUUAAAGCUGUUCGUAAGAGAUUAGAAAAAAUUCGACAAUUAUUAGCUUCAGGUCAAACGGCUGAUGCUUCUAUAGAAAAGACCAAUAGUGUUUUAUUCAAUUCCGUUUAUAUCGGUUUAGAUCAAAAUGAAGAAUUAGAUUCGGAAGCUUUGAUAGCUGCUAUAGAUGCUGAAUUAUUAGAUUUAGCUGAUCCUAUGAUGGAUACGGCAACUCAAUACACUCAAUCCUCUUGGCAAACAUUACCACCUCGUGGCACUUUACAAAACAAUGUAGGAGAAAUCAGUAAUAAGAGGUCGAAAUCCAGAAAGAAAUUUAAGAAAUUAUCAAGAUCUAAGAAACCUCAAAUAGAGGUAAUACUACAAGCUGUUAAUGUCGAUAUGGACACUUAUGAUGAUGGAGAAAUGGUCAAUAGGUUACAUGUUGGAAUAGGGAAAAUGGAGAUUUUGGAUCAUAUAAAAACAAGCACUUGGAAGAAAUUCUUGACGGAGAUGAAAGGUGAUAGUAGAGGUAAUAUGAGGGAAAGUGGAGCGGAUAUGGUGAGAUUGGAAUUGAUGAGUAUCAGAACUGGGAUCAAUCAACAUAAGGAUCAAGAAGCUAGAUUACGAAUCAAGGUUUUACCACUCAGACUUCAUAUCGAUCAAGACGCUUUGGACUUUUUGAAAAAAUUUGGAUCGUUCAAAUUACCCGCGGAGGGUCCACCGGCGAAGAGUGUUUCUGAAGAACCUUUCUUUCAAUUCGUCGAGAUCUUCCCCAUCGAGCUCAAAGUUGAUUAUAAACCAAAAAGAGUAGACUUCAAAGCUCUUAGAGAAGGCAAGACUGCAGAGUUGAUGAACUUUUUCCACUUUGAUGCGGCGGAAAUGACGCUGCGUCAUUUGAGUUUGACCGGGAUACCCGGAUGGGCACGUCUUUCCGAUACCCUCCAAGAUAUCUGGACCCCCGAUGUCAAAGCCAACCAAUUAGCCGAUGUCGUCUCUGGUAUAGCUCCCAUCCGAUCCCUAGUCAACGUCGGUUCCGGGGUAGCUGACCUCAUUUUACUCCCUAUCGAACAAUACCGAAAAGAUGGUAGAAUAGCAAGAGGUGUUCAACGUGGAGCAGGAAGUUUCGUACGUAGUACAGGAAUGGAAAUGAUGCGUUUAGGUGCUCGGAUGGCUACGGGUACUCAAGUCAUUUUGGAAAAAGCAGAAGGAGUUUUAGGUGGGAAAUUUUCAGAGAGAAUAACAGGUGAAAUCACACGUGGUUCAAGAGAUAAUUUAGGGGAUGAUUGGGUAGGAGAAGAUAAUAGUUCAGAUGAAGAAGAAGAGGGAAAGAGAAAAAGAGUUAGAAGUAGGUUCGCAGAUCAACCUAUCGAUAUGCGUGAAGGUGUACAAGCUGCGUAUAAAAGUUUAUCAAGGAAUAUUAAUAGUGCUGCUCAAACUAUUUUGGCUGUACCUAUGGAAGUAUAUGAGAGAUCGGCUGAUGAUGGCCCGUUGCGAGCUGUCAUCCGUGCCGUCCCUAUCGCAGUGUUGAAACCGAUGAUCGGUGCUUCUGAAGCUGUGAGCAAGACCUUGUUAGGGAUGCGUAAUAGUCUUGAUCCCCACGCGAGGAAAGAGUUAGGGGAUAAGUAUAAGUAA